UCUUCUUUUGAUAAAGCAAUACAUAUGCCAUUAUUAAAUAAAAAGAGAGCACCUAUAUCACCACCUAUUCCAUACGACUCAAAACGUAAACGUAAAGAGUUGAAUUUAUAUCAUCAGGCUAUUUGGGAGUGCGAAGCAACUGGUAGAAAGAACUUGACCUAUGAACAAGCACUUGAAAGUGAACGAACAGAGCAUGAUAGAGCUGAAUACAAACUGUGUUAUGCUUUAAGAAAACAAAUGCUGCAUCGAGUUCAGUUUCAAACCAGUCGAUUGGAUGAUUUAGUGAAUGAUGUCUAUCAUUAUUUUGAACAAAACUAUGUGAUUGACGAAACCGUGCAUUGUAGAAUGAAUGGAUACACUUAUGUAGCCAAGAUUGUCGAUAUUCUUCCUGGACGCAUUGUAGUUCAACAUCAUACACAUGUAUUAAAAGACCCAGUAUCAAGACAACUUGUGCCUAAAUCAAACUUGAAUCAUUCAGGAACAGAAGAAGAAGAGGAAGAAGAAGAAGGAGAAGACAUGGAUGGAAUAGAAGGUGAACAAGUGCCUAGACAACCUAAUGGUCGGUUAAGGUUCCCAGACGCUUUUCUUCAUCCAACUCCACAGCCACCCAUCAUUCAGUCUGAGAAUGACAAUCGUCUUGUAGAAGAACGUCAAUAUAAAGUACAAUUGCUAAAUGAAGUAGGACAACCCUUAGAAGACUGUAGACGGAUUGUACUAGAACACCAAUUGGACAGAGAUAAACAUAGUUUUAAUCGGUUUAAUGUACAGAGUUUUAUACGUGAAUGUUCUUGUAAAGAACCUUAUGUCAAUGCACCAUGGUUAAUUAAGUCUUCUGUUGCUAUUGCUUAUGGUAUGGAUACAGCUCUUCCUCAUCAUUUACAGCAUAGACAAGAUUCAGCCUUUUUACAAGCAUCAAGGAAACGCAAAUUGACAACGUUUAAGACAGCCGAUGAAAAAGAAGCAGAGAAGCAAGCCAGACGACAAGAAUCCUUGCUUCAAAAAGCCAGACUAAAAGAAGAAAGAGAACGAUUACGCCAAGAGAAAAAAAAGCAAGCAGCUAUUAAAUACCCCAUUGAGGACCUUGAUCUUCCCAUCUACCGUAAAGACCCUAAUCUCAAUUGGGCCUUGAUUGACAUGAAUCCUCAGAUAUAUAAUGCUCAACAUGGCAUCAUUCCGUACUCUAGUGGCGGCAGAUCUGGACGCCCUCGACCUCAUGGCGACUCACCUAUACCGCCUGAACUGUUUGAUGCUUUUCUUUCGAUCUGGACAUUCUUGACUGUGUUCUCUGAACCUUUGAAACUGACAGCCUAUAGUGUGGAUGAUUUUGAACGGGCUCUUUUUCAUACAACACAUCAGCCUAAGGCAACUGUUCUUGUUGAAUAUAAUGCUUGUUUGCUGAAUGUGAUCAUUAAUGAACGAAAUGAAGAUACGGCGAAUGAAUUGAUCAAUGGUGACGUGAUGGAAACCUAUGUUGAGUCCCUUGAAGAAGAAGAAGACGACAGUCAAGCAGAAAGUGAAGAGGAAGAAGAGCAGCGUCGAGAUAGACCCAGAUCAGAAAGUGUCUUGCCCCGCGUUGAACGAGGCUGGCGAGAUAAAGAGCAUUUACGCAUUGCUCAAAAAUGGGAUAACAAAGAACUGCGUGCUAAUUAUGAUCGUCGUGGUUGGGAGACUUCUUUAAUAGGCUGCUUAAAUGAUGUGGCUACACCUGAACUAUUGCCGAAUGUAGAUGAGUUAUUACAGCAUUUAGUGCCCAAAAUGGGCUCAACUGCUGCUGACCGAGAGAAACAAUACCCAACCUUGAGUAUGAAGCAAAAAUUGGACAUUUUGAGUUUCUUGAUUGAUGUUGUGAAUGAGUCUACUUUGAUAAGAAACUAUAUGGAUUAUUGUCAAGAGCAACUCUCUGAAUUUCGAAAGCAAAAAGUAGAACUCAACAAGGAAUCAAAAGCACUGGCUAUCAAACGAACAGAGAUGGACAAAAGAGACAAAGCAGAGAAAUUAGAAUUAGGUGAAGAAGAGGAUUCAGAUGAUAGUGAUGAUUCCUGUUCUUCAAGAGAUUCGAAUGAUGAGGACUCUGCGUUAGAAAGUGAUUCUUCGGACAGUCGACUUGCUGCUCGUGAACGACGACAUCAAUCCAGACAAGAAAAACUCAAACAAAAGCAACGCGAACGAGAAGAACAAGAACAACAACGGAAAAAGCAAUAUGCAGAACAACGCGAAGUUGCAAAAGCAAAGAGUCAAGAACAACGCAUCAAAGCUAAUGAACGACGAAAAUUAGAAGAAGAUGAGCGUACCUUAAGAAAGAAGGAGGAACAUCUGGAAAGAUCCAUGCGAAGAUACAUGACAUUACGCAUUCGUCCUCUUGGUAAAGAUCGGUUCAAUAACCGUUAUUACUAUUUGGAUAAUGUAGGUAUCUCCAAUACAUGUGGUUCUGGUCGUCUUUAUGUCCAUAGCCCAAGUGACGGUGAUAUUCAGUUGAUGAUGGAAAGAGACCAUCAGACAGAUUUACCAGAACAACCAUGGGGUUAUGGUGGGGGUCGAUGGUUUAUCAAAAGAUUAAUGGAACUACAAGGCUUUGAAGAAGAGAGUAUUUGGCUUGAAAAUCGUAUGAAUGAGCUCUCAAGUGGACAUCCGAGUGAAUACCAUGGUUGGUGGAAAUACUAUACAGAGCCUGAAGAAAUUGAUCAAUUACUAGAAUGGUUAAAUCCUAAAGGUACAAGGGAGCAUAAACUAAAGAAUGAAUUAGUCAAACAACAGCCUUAUAUUAUUGAAUCUAUCAAGAAAAGAGCACAGGUAAAGAGCAAGUUGAAAGACACUAGAAUAAUUAACAAUCAAACAAGGAACUCAAACAAGUGGAGACUGUUUCUAAAAGACCCAGUCGAAUAACCACUAAACCCAAAUAAAAAAAAAAAAA